AUGGAGACCCUCCCCGCGGCGCCCCGCUCGCCCCGCCGCGGCCGCGCCCCCCCGCCCCCCGCGCUCGCGCCCGGCGCCCGCUGCCUGGGCGCCCCGGGGCCCGCGCGCCCGCCGCCCUUCCGCUCGUGGCACGACUACCUGGGGCUCGCCACGCUCAUCACCGGCGCGGGGGCCGGCGGCCGCGGCGCCUCCCCGCCCUCGUCGUCCUCCUCGGCCUGCUGCUCGCCCCGCGCGGGGGCCGGGCCCGGGGCGCGGGGGCCGGCGCCGGGGCCCGCGGACGACGACGAGGACGAGGACGAGGACGACCGCGACGGGCCGGGCGCGCGGGAGCUGCGCGCGCUGGGGCUGCGCGCGGGCCCCGCCGGCGCCGGGCGGCUGGAGCAGCGCUUCGCCGAGCUGCGCCCGUUCGCGGGGCGCGCGGCCGCCGUGCUGCUGGCGCCGCGGGAGGAGCGCGCGCCGGCCUGGGCGGCCGAGCCCCCCCUGCCCGCCGCCCCCGGGGCCGGCGCGCGGCUGCUGCGGCCCGCGCUGCGGGUGUGCGUGUUCUGCCGGAACAACAGGGAGGCCGUGGCGCUCUACAGCACCCACAUCCUGAAGGGCCCCGACGGGCGCGUGCUGUGCCCCGUGCUGCGCCGCUACACGUGCCCCCUGUGCGGCGCCAGCGGCGACAACGCGCACACCAUCAAGUACUGCCCGCUCUCCAGGGCGCCGCCGCCGCGCGGCCCCCGGGACGGCCCGCCCGGCAAGAAGCUGCGCUGA